AUGGACAGCUGCGCCGUCGAUACCCGCGUCAAGCGCAGAUCAAGCUGUGAUGUCGCGGAAACCACGGCCUUGACACCGCCAAGCUCGACUGUCAGAAAACCAGGAACCCCAGUGAAACGCACCAAAAAAUCACAUCCGCUUUCUCCAGCACUUUCAUCGCCAAUCAGACCGCAAAAGACGCGCAAAUUAUCGCAAAAGCCAGAACCUCACUUGAUCACCACUAGAUCCUCCAAUUCACAGACCUUAGAAGAGCUGAUCGAAACUUUCACAGACGAGAAACGGCUUGCGUUGCUCCAAGAUUCUCAGAAAAAGCCUCCCUUCUCCUACGCGAUGCUGAUUGGCUUGGCCAUUCUGCAGUCCGAAGAAGUUAGGCUGACGCUAUCUCAAAUAUACCAAUGGAUCACUCACCAUUUCCCUUUCUACAAACUCUCUGACUAUGGCUGGCAGAACAGCAUUCGCCAUAACCUGUCACUCAACGAAGCUUUUGUCAAAGGUGAUAAAUCAUCGGACGGCAAGGGCCACUAUUGGCAAGUCAAGUCGGGCUGUGAGGGUAAAUUCUUCAAAAGUGGACAAUCAGACGAAGAAACUAGACGGAAACUAUCUCAACUUUGUGUGAAUGUCUUGGCAGUGACAGCAGUUGCACAAGAGGAGGCACCCGUGACAGGAUCGCUAGCAUGCGAAUUAUUCACUCACACAGGAACGCAAGAUGGAAAACGCAAAUUAAACGUUAAAAAGAAGCUGGAGGAGCCCUGUGAACUUGAAAUUUCCACCGACGAAGAUAGUGAUGAUGGUAACGACGACGAUGACAACUAUCCAAGGCUCACGGCCCCUUCUUCACCAUCCCCAUUCGAGACGAACCACCACACUGAUCACCACGACGCGUUCAUAGAUGGUCCUGUAGUGGAGUUCUCAGGUACUGAACCAUUUCUCAAACAUAAAGUUGAUUCAGAGUAUCCUUGGCGCGAAGAUAGCAUUAAUUUCACGCCACGUCAAGAAGCGAAAAAAUAUUCUUGCUCUUUCAACACUAGUUUCGAAGGCUCCCCUCAUGUGAAGACUCCCAAAAUGUCCUCGUCACCUUGGGGCACUUUUGACUCACCAGAGCCUCAGCAAAUGACCUCGAGACCCACGACAGGAUCGCUAGAUUUAUCGAAGACGCCGCAGAUCAACAAACCUUCAACAAGCACAAUAGGCACGCCACGCGACGUUUACUCCAUGCGUAAAUGGCGUACACCUUCGGCAAUGGUCGACGAUUUCACACGGUCCCCAAUACUAAUCAACACCUCGUCACGUACACCGAUGUUGCUGGGCGACCACUCGGCUACUAAUGAUGGCGUUUUAGAUAGAGGAGCGCCGUUAAGCGCUCAAUCCAACUCCUUUUUCGAAAACAUCCGUUACAGUUCGGGCUUGUUCGGCGUCGACGUUUGCUCCGUCUGGAAGAGGGCAGUGGAAAGCGUGCAUGACACGUCCACAGGGCAGGGAGCAGGUUCAGAGAACAAGCUCGACACACCGUUCAGGGCUUCACACGAAUAG